CUGGCAAAUACGCUUUCCGGCGGGCGGGUCGAGGCGGGAGGUUGCUAGUGGAGGCGUGAGCUUGCCUACCGGUGCAGCGGGGUCGUGUUUUGCACCUUGGGGGCCUCCUUGGCGACGUGAGCACCUCGACUCAGCAUGCCGGGCGUGAAGCUGACUACCCAGGCCUACUGCAAGAUGGUGCUACACGGCGCCAAGUACCCGCACUGCGCGGUCAACGGGCUUCUGGUGGCCGAGAGGCAGAGGCCGCGCAAGGAGCAUCCGCCGGGCUCGGGCAGCCACACUCUCUUCGUGGACUGCAUCCCGCUUUUCCACGGCACGCUGGCCCUGGCGCCCAUGCUGGAGGUGGCGCUCACCCUGAUCGACUCAUGGUGCAAAGAAAACAGCUAUGUGAUUGCCGGCUAUUACCAAGCUAAUGAGCGUGUGAAGGAUGCCAGCCCAAACCAGGUGGCAGAGAAGGUGGCCUCCAGGAUCGCUGAGGGCUUCAGUGACACUGCACUCAUCAUGGUGGACAAUGCCAAGUUCACGAUGGACUGCGCAGCACCUACAAUCCAUGUCUACGAGCACCAUGAGAACAGGUGGCGAUGCAGAGACCCACACCACGACUACUGCGAGGAUUGGCCGGAGGCACAGAGGAUCUUGGCGUCGCUCCUGGACAGCCGCUCCUAUGAAACACUCGUGGAUUUUGAUAACCACCUGGAUGACAUUCGGAACGACUGGACAAACCCUGAGAUCAACAAAGCAGUUCUGCACCUGUGCUAGAUGAGUGCAUAACUGGACACUGCACUACAGAGAAGAGAAAAACCUAUUUUUAAAUUUUGAGUAAUAGUGGACUAAGUCUGUGGUGUGUGCCUUGGAAGGGGAGUCUGAUCAGCAUCCUUCAGGGCAGGGUUGUGAAGAGGUGUAGGCCACCCAGGCUUUGGGUUCCUUUUCUGUGCUGCCCAGUCCUGCCCAUCAGAGCUCUUUCUGCUUGUCCCGGUUGUUCCCAUUAAACAGUUCUAGUCUUUUAUAAUCUA